AUGAGUGUGUUUUUCACUGUUGCUCUCCUGGCUAUGGCAUUGCCUUCAAUGGCAUUUGACAUGAGUCAGUCCACUCGUUGCGUCACCAUCCCAAAUCAGAUGAAAGUGUGCAAAGAUGUUGGAUACUCUGAGAUGCGUCUGCCUAACUUCUUGGGUCACACCAACCUGGAAGCUGAAGUGGUGCCACGUUCAGAGGACUGGAGGCCCCUGCUGCAGACAGGAUGCCACCCUCAAGCCCAGGUCUUCCUCUGCUCCCUCAUUGCUCCCGUCUGUCUUGAUACCUUUAUCCGGCCAUGCCGUAGUCUGUGUGUGGCAGUGAGGGACAGCUGUGCCCCGGUGCUCGCCUGCCAGGGUCAGCCAUGGCCCGAGGCACUCGAUUGUGACCGCUUUCCUGCCCAGGAAGACAUGUGCCUUUCUCCCUACUCUAAAUCUAGCCACAGUGCCAAAGACUUACCAAAACCCGCCUGCCAAAACUGUCCGUCUGUGGAAGAGUCUCCUGCAAUGAAAACAGUCCUGGAUGCCUUUUGCCUGCAUGACUUCGCUGUGACUGCCAAAAUCCAUCGACGUCGCCUCCCUUUGGGAGAGCCUGAAUUUGAGGUUGAAGGCCGUGUUGAGUUUAUCCGCCAGGGACCUCUCCUGCCUUAUGACACCCGGCACCUACUGCAGCAGUGGCUCCUCAUCAACCUGCAAUGUGCCAAUAUCUUAGUGCGUCCUGGAAGGUCACAGUUUUACAUGCUGACUGGUUUUGUGCAGAAUGAUGGCACCCUCGCUCUCACCCGUCUCUUCCCUUGGCACAAAAAAGACAUAAACAUGGCAGUGGCCACUCGCAAGUGGAAGCAUCACAGAUGUUUAAUGGAUUGA